GGUCUUCCCCGGGCGGCCGCCGCCGCGCAUUGUGAAGCAGGCGGGCCCCGCGCGGCAGGGCACCGGACCGGCGCGGCUGCCGGGGAUGGUGAGCAAGGCGCUGCUGCGCCUCGUGUCUGCCGUCAACCGCAGGAGGAUGAAGCUGCUGCUGGGCCUCGCGCUGCUCGCCUAUGUCGCCUCUGUUUGGGGCAACUUCGUUAAUAUGAGCUUUCUACUCAACAGGUCUAUCCAGGAAAAUGGUGAACUAAAACUUGAGAGCAAGAUUGAAGAGAUUGUUGAGCCACUAAGAGAGAAAAUCAGAGAUUUGGAAAAAAGCUUCACCCAGAAAUACCCACCAGUAAAAUUUUUAUCAGAAAAGGACCGUAAAAGAAUUUUGAUCACUGGAGGAGCAGGGUUUGUGGGUUCCCAUCUCACUGACAAACUCAUGAUGGAUGGCCAUGAGGUGACUGUGGUGGACAACUUCUUCACAGGCAGGAAGAGAAAUGUGGAACACUGGAUCGGCCAUGAGAACUUUGAGCUGAUAAACCAUGAUGUGGUGGAGCCCCUCUACAUUGAAGUUGACCAGAUAUACCACCUGGCCUCUCCGGCUUCCCCACCAAACUACAUGUAUAACCCUAUCAAGACGCUGAAGACCAACACGAUUGGAACAUUAAAUAUGCUGGGACUGGCCAAACGAGUCGGCGCCCGUCUGCUCCUGGCCUCCACCUCGGAGGUGUACGGAGAUCCUGAAGUUCACCCCCAAAGUGAGGAUUACUGGGGCCACGUGAAUCCCAUAGGACCCCGAGCCUGCUAUGACGAGGGCAAGCGUGUUGCAGAGACCAUGUGUUACGCCUACAUGAAGCAGGAAGGUGUGGAAGUGCGAGUGGCAAGGAUUUUCAACACCUUUGGGCCCCGCAUGCACAUGAAUGAUGGGCGGGUCGUCAGCAACUUCAUCCUGCAGGCUCUGCAGGGGGAGCCACUCACGGUUUACGGAUCCGGGUCGCAGACGAGGGCGUUCCAGUAUGUCAGUGACCUGGUGAAUGGGCUCGUGGCUCUCAUGAACAGCAACGUCAGCAGCCCAGUCAACCUGGGGAACCCAGAAGAACACACGAUCCUAGAAUUUGCUCAGUUAAUUAAAAACCUUGUCGGUAGUGGAAGUGAAAUUCAGUUUCUCUCCGAAGCCCAGGAUGACCCACAGAAAAGAAAACCAGACAUCAAAAAAGCGAAGCUGAUGCUGGGGUGGGAACCUGUGGUCCCGCUGGAGGAAGGCUUAAACAAAGCAAUCCACUACUUCCGGAAAGAACUUGAGUACCAGGCAAACAAUCAGUACAUCCCCAAACCAAAGCCCGCGAGAAUAAAGAAAGGACGGACGCAUCAUAACUGAAAACCUCACUUCCUGGAAUGGGAGAGACUCCCUGUACUUGAUGGGAUGUGGUUUUUUCUUUUCUUUUUUUUUAAAGAAAGACAAAACAGGUGUCAUGAAGAACAAACUGGAAUUUCAUUAUGAAGCUUGCUUUAAAGAAAUGGAUGUGCCUAAAAACUCCCUUCGAAAAACUGCAGAUUUUGCCUUGCACUUUUUAAAUCUGUCUUUUUAUGUAAAAUAGUGUAGAUGCAUCUUUGUGUAUUUUCAAGUUUUUAUCUUGCUAUGAGAGCAUUUGUCGUGACUGUCAUUGACAGUUUUAUUUACUGGUUUCUUUGUGAAGCUGAAAAGGAGCAUUAAAUGGGGUGAAAAUGCGGAUUUUAUUUAUAAAAGUGGGUACUUAUAAACGAGACAUUCUACUAUGCAUAAAGAAAAAAAGAAAACCUAGCAGUAUUGUCAGGUAGGUGGCACACCGGCAUUUAUUCUUUGGGCAGAUUUUAUGUUUCUUUUAAUUCAGAAUUUUUCCAAGGUUUAGUUUUUAGCUGCAAACUUGACUUUGAAGUAUUUUUGUUGGUUAUCAUGAUCAAGGAUAUUUGAAAUCACUACUGUGUUGUGCUGCGUUUUUGGGGGGGAGGGCCAAUGUUAACAUAUUCUUGGUUAACAGUGAUAAAAAUAUGCUAUUUUAAUAAAAUAUUGAAACUCA